UCGGAAUUUUACCUUAGGAAUGUUGAUACUCAUGCAUGUUUACAAGUUGAAGAAAUGUGAGGAUAGAAGAUGUAGUUAAAAAUUGUCAUAUUGUUGUAUUUCAAAAUGCUAGGAUCUUUGCUGAUUUUAUGUAGAGUUCCAACUACGUCCAGUGUGACGCUAGUUUGUAAACACAGUCAUGUUUUCAAAAAUGUUUGCCAAGGAAGACUUUUGUUACAGAAAGGGAAUAACAGUUCUAUCAUACAGAAACAGUAUAUCCGAGGACUCCCACGACACAAAGAUGCUGCUGAGCAUCAAAUGCAGAAAGGUUGGCCCUUCCUUGCCAAACAUCUCCUCAUGACAGCCACAAUAUGCGGCUGCAGUUUUGCUGGAGCAAUAGUCUGGGACCACAUACAGGUGGCCCGGGGGGUGAGGAGAAUCCCGACCCUGUAUGUCAUCAGAUAUAAGGGAUUCCACAUCAGUUUCGCAAAAAUGUAUGGCUAUAUUUUGUUGGCUAACACGGUGGUCUUUGCCAUGUGGAGAAUUCCCCGACUACUUCCGUUCAUGCAGAGAUAUUUUUUGUCCUCUUCUUGUAAAGAGCAGUCCAUGCUAGGAGGGUUUCUUUCCUCUUUCAGCCAUGAGAAUCCUGUUCACUUCUUUCUGAAUAUGUAUGUUUUGUGGAGUUUUUCUAAUGCCCUUGCUCCAACAUUUGGCAAUUCCCAUUAUCUUGCACUUUAUUUUAGUGGAGCUGCUGUGUCCAGCUAUUUUAGUCUCGCAACAAAAGUUCUGAGGAGAAUUCCCAACCCUUCCCUCGGAGCGGUAAGCUAUCUGGUGCCCAUGUGUGCUAUAAUCGGUGUGGUUGGGUGUGCCUUUCCAGACAGCCGGUUCAGCAUCGCCUUUCUCGAUCAGAUUUAUCCCCACUCAUUCUCAGCUAAGUCAGGUAUCCUUGCAUUGCUAACAUUUGAUACCUUGGGGUUGGUGCUACGAUGGAAAAUGUUCGACCAUGCUGCGCAUUUAGGUGGAACGCUAUUUGGAUUUUACAUUACAUAUGGAGCAGAGAUGGUUAGAAAAAGCAGCAGAACAGUUAUUAAAUAUUGGCAUAAAUUAUGCAGUGUUUUUAGUGGAUGACUGUUUUAAAGAAUAAAUAUUGAAAUGAGUUUAA